AUGUUGUCUCUGAGCUGUGCGGACCCGUGGCCCGAGGGUUCGGUGGGGCUGGAGGAGGAGGUGGUGACAGCAGCUUCCCAGGCUGCAGAACUGGGUGACGGUUCAGACGGUUGCAGCGGCAGCAGCAAUGACAACAAUAAUGACAACUCUGUCAACCUGGAUGACAGCCUGACCAGCCUGCAGUGGCUCCAGGAGUUCUCCAUCCUCAGUGCCAAUGGUCUUCAGCAAGCCCCAUUGUCCAGUCAUCACCAGCCUCAAUUCUUUGGCCACCAGCAAUUGGGAUCUGAGGCCCCUGCGUCCCCCCUGGCUGGGGACCCGGCCUCCAUUGGCAUGCCCCUUACCCCAGGUAAGCCAACAGCAGCAGCUUACAGCAGGAUGCAGCCCCUCCCCAGCAUAGUGGCCCAUGGCCACUGCCCCGAUGAGGUAGACUACAAGACCAACGCCCAUGUGAAGCCACCGUAUUCCUAUGCCACGCUCAUCUGUAUGGCCAUGCAGGCCAGCAAAAAGAGCAAGAUCACACUAUCUUGCAUCUACAAGUGGAUCACCGACAACUUCUGCUACUUUCGCCAUGCCGACCCCACCUGGCAAAACUCCAUCCGCCACAACCUGUCACUGAACAAGUGCUUCAUCAAAGUGCCACGGCAGAAAGAUGAGCCAGGAAAGGGGGGAUUCUGGAAGAUCGACCCGCAGUAUGCAGAGCGACUCCUCAGCGGUGCCUACAAGAAAAGGCGAAUGCCCCCCAUUCAGAUCAACCCAAUCCUGCACAGCAGACUCCGGGCCAACUCGCAGUCGCUGUUGGCAGGCCUAUGCAGCCCCACGGGAGGUCAGAGGGGCCUAUGUGUCAACCCAGAGUCCCAGCAGCUCCUCAGGGAGUUUGAGGAGGCCACAGGGGCAGACCAGAGCUGGGACCCCCAUUUAGCAGAGGGAACCAUGCUGGGGUCCUGGCCAGCAGUGGUCAAGGGAGUUGGAGGUCACAAGAGGAAACAUCAAGCAGUUCAAGAGGGGAGCAUGGCCAAAGUCCAGCGUCGCUCCAGCUCGCCGCUGCUGACCGUGGAUGACCAGAAGGAGCUGGGAUCUCUCAAGGGGAACUUUGACUGGGAUGCCUUGCUGGACUCUGCCCUGAAUGGGGAGCUCAACUUGGAUGGAGUGGGGCCGCUGAGCCCAUCCCGAAAAGAGGACCUGACGGUGCGCAGCAACCUCGUCAGCCCCGUGGAUGCCCCAGAAAACCCUGAUAUUCAUGUGCUCACAGAGACCCAAAAGAAAAAUGAGGUGACAGACUUUGAUGAGGAAACCUUCCUCGCCACGGCCUUCCUGCAGAACCCCUGGCCAGAGGUGGAGGAGGAGGAGGAGCAAAGCCGUAAUGAUUUUCUUUGCAGCUCUGCCGUCAACCUGGACCAGCUGUUUGACCUGGGAGACCCCCUCGGCGGAGACCUCAGCUCCAGGAUUGAGACUCUUCUCUGA